UUCAAGAUGGCGGCCGGAAAAGCCUUCAAGUUUGGGUCCAUUAUUCUUUCUCCUUCUGUGGUCUUCUUUCGCUCUAAAUUGUCGUUUGGUUUUGUUAAUAUCAAGCCAGUGCUUCAAGGACAUGUUUUAGUUUCUCCCUUUAGAGUUGUAAAGCGAUUUGCGGAUUUAACAGAAGAGGAAGUGUCAGACUUGUUCAUCAGCACGCAGAAAAUUUCAAGUGUCAUUCAAGAAGAAUUCAAUGCAUCUUCUUUGACGAUCUCAAUUCAAGAUGGACCCGAUGCAGGGCAGACUAUUGAACACGUUCACGUCCAUAUAUUACCCAGGAAGAAAGGAGAUUUUGAAAAUAAUGACGAUGUUUAUACAGCAUUAGCUGAACAUGAUAAGCCAGGAUUGGAGAAAAGAAGUAAUGGAUUCGCGAGAAAGGGACGUCGGAGUGAAGAAGAGAUGGCGAAAGAGGCUUCGAAAUUAGCUAGUUACUUUGAUAAUAUUUGAUGAUUAGUCUGGCGUGAAUGGUUAAACGAUAUGUUUAAGAUCUAAUAAUAACUAACCAACUAAGGAAGUGUUGAUCAUAUAAAAUGUUAAUGUUAUUUACAGGAUUAAACUUAAAAUUAUUUUUCAUGUA